UGAAUAUCAAUGUCAAGACAGAACCACUAACUGUCAGUGACGACUGGUUUGCUUACCAAACYGAUGCUGGARUCACUCUCUUUUACUACAACCGUAGAACUGAAGAACACAUAUGGAAUGUCUGUACUUGUUCAUGCUUUCAAAUGAAAAGGUUCAAUAAAGGUCGAUGCAUGCCAGAAUUAACUUGCACAGCCAGCCAAACUGAUUAGCAUUUAUCAACAAACCAAACCAAACGUCUGGUUUCCAAGUCAGUCCAAUCAGAAGCUAUUACGACUGAUGAAAAUGAAGAGCUACUUUCAGUGUCAUCUAAUGUAUCCAACAGGCUUCACUCUACUACACUAACAAGAGACACAGAGCUGGAUGAAAACAUGGCACUUGAUGUUGAUUUACUUGAAGACAUUGAUUACAUAGAAUUAAGUGAUGAUAGUGAUAAUGACAUUCAGCAACCAAGCAACAUUGAAGUCAAUGAAGACACUUUUCAGGUCAAUCAUGGUUCUUAUUCUGAAGGAGAUGAAGACGAUGAAGAUAUUUCUGAAAAUGAAAAGGAUUGCUUUUCUCCUGAGAAUCAGCAUCAACCUUCACAAGAUGACAAGCUGUUCAAAUGUUCAAAGUGUAACUUGGGGUUCAAGUGUGAGAGGCACUUGGASAAUCAUGAAAAGAUAAUACACAAUGGAACAAAACCUUUUAAAUGUGACUCUUGUGAUAAAGUGUUUGCCCAUAAGAACAGUUUAAAGAUUCACAAAGAAGCACACAAGAAUAAAGUAAGCAGCAAUCUAGAGGGAAGUGGUGUACUGCAUCAUACAAAGAAACAACAGGCAAUUCAAACAACAGAGAAGUCAUUCAAAUGCACAAUAUGCCAUAAAACUUUUACAAGACAGACUUCCUUGCUGACCCACAAAAUCAUCCACAGUAACAAGAGGCCUUUUAAGUGUACAAUCUGUGACAAGGCAUAUAAACGUAAGGAUCACUUAAAAAAUCACAAUGAACGAGCCCACAAUAGAGAGAAGCCCUUCCAAUGCACUGUUUGCAAGAAAGAUUUUACAUAUAAGGAGAACUUAAAAAAACACCAUCGAAUCCACCAUAAAGACUUAGCACAAGGCACUAGCUCAGAGAACCAGGGAAGAGAAGAGAAGUCAUUCAAAUGCACAAUAUGCAAUAAAACCUUUGCAUGUAAGAGCAGUGCUAAGCUCCAUCAGCGACUCCACACUGGAGAGAAGCCAUUCCAAUGUACUGUUUGCAAGAAAGAUUUUACAUAUAAGUGUAACUUAAAAACACACCAUCGCAUCCAUCAUGAAAACCAUACCAGUGCAAGUACAGAUAAAAAAGGCCACAGUGAAGUGAAGUCAUUCAAAUGCACAAUAUGCCAUAAAACCUUUACAAGACAGACUUCCUUGCUGACCCACAAAAUCAUCCACAGUAACAAGAGGCCUUUUAAGUGUACAAUCUGUGACAAGGCAUAUAAACGUAAGGAUCACUUAAAAAUGCACAAUGAACGAGCCCACAAUAGAGAGAAGCCCUUCCAAUGCACUGUUUGCAAGAAAGAUUUUACAUAUAAGUGUAACUUAAAAACACACCAUCAAGGCACCUUGAAAGUCACAGUUUGCAAGAAAGCUGUUACAUCGAAACAGAACUUAAAGAUCCAUUAUCRAAUCMACAGUGGAGAGAAACUAUUUCAAUGCACAAUCUGUAGUGAAGGCUUUGCAGUUAAGAUAAACUUAAAAAGGCACCAUCGAAUCCAUACUGGGAAAAAACCAUACCAAUGCACUAUCUGCAAUCGAACUUUUGCAUGGAAGCAGUACUUUUUAGUGGCACAUCAUCGAAUUCACUAGCAAGAAGAAUAMUUGGAAACCUUAGUAAGUUGUACCAUAAAAGCCACAGUGAAGGAUUAAUUUUCAAUAAUCUGUACUAACUAGUUUAUGUAGGGUAAUGGCCUCGCUCCUCGGCUUAUUGAAAAUUUAAUUCCAUUGUAUUGGAAAA